UAUAUUGGCAUCAGGAUGAGUGUAAGUUGUAACCUUUUGACUGUUCAUCUCCUCUGUUCUCUUUUAUUUUUACUCUUCGACUCCCACAAAUCCGGAAUUUACUGGUUCAAAAUUGCGCCAAUCCAUCACCCAUCCUAUUGUCUCAACCCCGCCGUGCUCCCUAAACCUCCUUUUCUCUCUCUCUCUCUCUAGAGCUAUCCUGUAAUAAUCGUGUUGUUCGGUCAGCUUUUGACACACCUCAACUAAAUCCACAUCCACAGGAUAUAUGCCACUAAUCGUGGUAUUGUAAUUGUUUACAAAAGAUUUUGUUGAUGGAUGAUAUAGUAAUAGAUCUUGAUUUGAACCAAGAACCUAUGGAGUCAUCUUCUGGUAGAGCUUUAGGAUUAGGGUCUUUUUUCGAUGAUUUGGAAACUUCUCAUACUAGGAUCGAGCAAAGAAUUCUUCAUCUUGAAGCUGUUGCUGCUAGAGCUUGGCAUCGUCAUAGGUGGCGUCACGCUCAUAAUUCUGAGACCCGUAAUAAUUCUUCUAAUAUUGGUCAUGAAGCCCGUAAUAAUACUGGUGAUGAGGCCCGUAAUUCUGCUGUUACGGGUGAUGUGGGUAAUCAGGUUCGAGAUCACAAUUCUGUAAGCUGGGGAAAAGGAUGCAAAAGGGAUAGAUCGCAUUUAGUAGCAAAGGCGUUGGAGAUGGAUAUAGUGGUUAAGAAAGCUGAUAAGGAUGGUGGUGGAAGUUUUUUUGACUGUAAUAUAUGUUUAGAUAUGGCAAAAGAGCCUAUUUUGACUUGUUGUGGCCAUUUAUAUUGCUGGGCAUGCUUUUAUCAGUUACCUUAUGUUGAUUCAACUACGAAAGAAUGUCCUGUUUGCAAAGGCGAGGUUAUGGAUAUGAAUAUUACUCCGAUUUAUGGCAAUGGCCACGGUUACUGCUCCAAAGAAUUGCAGUGUGGUUUGGAAUUACCACCAAGGCCAAAAGCACCUAGAGUAGAGAGUGUUAGACAGCAACGUGUGAUUCGAGGAUUCUCUCAUAUCCCAGUUGCAGAAGCACUUAGGCGAAUUAGGACGAGUAUUGGAUUGGUUGAUCAUUCACAGCAACUGGAGACUGGUGGUGUUAGUUCAAGUUCUGUGAGUGGUUCUCAGGAGUUGCAAAAUACUGAGGCCAAUGGCAGCAGCCGGAGACUACGCUCCAGAGUGUUUUCAAGGGUAUUAUCAGAGGGUGCUGCUUCUCUUUCAUCGGAAUUAGAAAAUGCACAGCGGAUGUUUGAGGACCUUGCAGCGUCAAUCACAGACCGCAUUCAAGAAAGAAACAAUUAUCAAGUUUCACCAAUUGGUAAUGUUGCAGCUGAUGAAGGUAGUUCUUUCAGAAGAGAUGCUGAUAUCAUACGAUCAGAGCGUCAGACGAUGGAUUCAAUUGCAGAGACAAGCUCUGCUGCAUCUAAUGAAGUUUCUGAUGCUGCACUUCAGUUGGAGAACCUGACAACUGAUAGUGGAAACGUACCUGUCAGUGGAUCAUCAUUAUCUUCCAGGAGGAGAAGUGGUUUCUCGAGGCUUUCAGAUUUAGAAAGUGAGCUUCUUCCUGAAACAAGAAGAAGAAGAUUGAAUUGAUGCCUUUGAAUUAUUGAGGUAUGACAUGGAGCGGUUACAGCUUACGGAGGACAUGAUCUUUGAUAGGAAGGUGUGGAGGAUGCAAAUUAGGAUAGAGGGUUAAUGGGUAGGAGUGCGUCCGUAAUAGUAGGGAGGAGUGUUUUGUUUGUGUCUGUGCAUGUAGCUUCUUGUUCGAAGUGUUCUAAUGAUGUUUGUGAUCUCGAAUAUAUAGUUUAUAGUAUUACUCUAUCGAUGUCUUGAUUUUUUUAUUAUCUAGCGGUGUGUUAUUUCAUUUUGUUAUUUAUUUUUAUGUUUUUUUUGUUUGUUAAUACUGUUAUCUGUCCUGAACCAAGGGUUUAUCAGAAAAGAGGUAAUGGUAUGGUAUGGACUGUGUGCA